AUGCCGAGCUGCAAUGGAGGCCACCUAUUCGCCGCUUGCUUCUCACCUUCUGUUUGUUCGCUCAAGCGCAAAAUCACCUCCCGCUCCCUCUCACCCAAUAUGGAGUAUCAAACCCUCCGUCAUUCACCACGCGAGAUACGACUAAUCCGAAUAUUCCCCGACGAUAACCCAUGUAACCCAAUCCAAUGUGAACUAGAGCAUACGUCCCUCUCGGCACCAGGGGCCUAUGUCGCCUUGUCAUACUGUUGGGGAAGCACAAAAGAUAUAACCCACAUCGCCGUAUCUCAAAGCCGAUUUCCCGUUACAAGAAAUCUCGCCCAUGCUUUGCAAUUGCUGCGACUCAAAGGCUUUCAUCGAGUAUGGGCUGAUGCUAUUUGCAUUAAUCAGAGUGACCUAGACGAACGGGCUCAGCAAGUGUCAUGCAUGUGCGCGAUAUAUCAACAUGCCACCAUAACAGUGGCAUGGAUCGGUAACCCUAAUACUAAUCGUGACCUGGUGCUAUCCAAAAGAUCCUGUGAGCUCAUCAACCUCUUGAACAAGAAAAGGGACAGUCUGGUGUCGGCGCCACCGAAUUGCAAUCAAAAGCCAGCCUAUAACCAAAAGUUGCUCCAAGCACUUCGCCUUCUGGACUCAGACGACUGGAAUAUUUUGAUAGAGUUGUUUAAGCAAGAUUAUUGGAGCCGCGUAUGGAUUAUACAAGAAGUUUCAGUUAGUGCGAAUGUCCAGUUCGUUUGGGGCAGUCAAUCAUUCUGGCUUAAAGAAUUACGAUGUGCAAUGUCGGUUUGCCAAAAUUACAGGGCCGACAUCCCAGGAGCCGAUAAAGUCGCUUCAACGGAAGGAUUCCGCCAUGUUGAAAUGCUCUUCGGCUUCCGCCAAAGCACAUCCAAUACGCCGAAGAGCCUUAUCCAGGCCUUGAUUGAUUGCCAAAGAGCAGUGUCGACCCGUCGAAGAGACAGGCUUUAUGCUCUAACUCACCUUACCACAGACGGUACAAAGCUGAUACCAAACCCAGACUAUGAGAUCACAAUAGAUCAGCUCUAUGAAGAAACCACCUUUCGGAUGAUUAGCGCGAGCUCCGGCCUUGAUUCAAUCGUCUUCACCGUUCGCUCUGGCGAUAAUUGGAUACCUCAAUGGGACAACCCGUCCACAUGGUCAAAUUUGAGAGCCAGCGAGUACCUAUCUGGAAGAUGCAACUUUGUGAGCGAAAGAUCACGUAGGAACCAUGGCUCCGGUACGGUUAUUAGCCAGUGGAAGGCAACAAAAGACUCGAAACCGUACGCGACGAAAAUACGCCAUGUGUUGGAAGUUAGGGGCAAAAAAGUCGGAAGAAUAGCAAAUUGCUCUGCGACAGCAUCUGAAGCCUGCCAAGCGGGUACACCAGGAUUGUUACAGCAUUCAACCGUCAAGGAUAAUGACUGGGUACCCAGCCGAAAGACACUGAUUGCCCUGUGUUGGAUAUUAUACGAUCUUUUACCCAAUAACGCCUACAUAAAAGCGAAAAAAGUCAGUGUAGCUGAUGUUCACUGUCUUCUUGCCAGCAAAAGUCGACGACAGGAAGUCCAGAGAAACGAGUCUGAGCUUUUCAGAUGGCUUACAUGUCGGAGGAACCUAUCUUUCAAGAUUGAUAAUGUCCCACUCAUAAAUUGGCUUUCAGGGACAAAUAUGUUGAGCCAGAUAAACCCCAGACGGCAUGAUGCUUCGGCCUUAGCGAAACGAAUAGCUGAUAUUGUAAGGUUGGAAAUGAGGCUCAUUACUACGGAUGAAGGCGAUAUCGGAUGGGCGACCGAUUCUUGUAAGCCCGGAGACGACUUGUAUUUGCUACUUGGAUGCAGUGUGCCUGUCGUACUACGGCCAAUCCAAGGCGGGCAAUAUCAAUUACUAGGAGAUAGUAUUAUACACGGACUCAUGAAAGGCCAGGGCAUGGUAGGCGAAUCGCCCUUGCAGUGGCAGCGGGUGUUACUGAAGUAA